GCCCGCGCACUCUGCAGGAGCUUGCAGCUGCCGCCGCCCGUGUCUUCAAGGUCUCACCGUUUCCUCACCAGAGACCCGGGCUCGGCCGCCAUGUCCGCCGCGGACGAGGUUGACGGGCUGGGCGUGGCCCGGCCGCACUAUGGCUCUGUCCUGGAUAACGAGAGGCUUACUGCCGAGGAGAUGGAUGAAAGGAGACGGCAGAAUGUGGCUUAUGAGUACCUUUGUCAUUUGGAAGAAGCAAAGAGGUGGAUGGAAGCCUGCCUAGGUGAAGAUCUGCCGCCUACCACAGAACUGGAGGAGGGGCUUAGGAAUGGAGUCUACCUUGCCAAUAGGAAACUUCUUCUCACCAAGGUGGUGUCCCUGAAAAAAAUCUAUGAUCGAGAGCAGACCAGAUAUAAGGCAACUGGCCUCCACUUCAGACACACGGAUAAUGUGAUCCAGUGGUUGAACGCCAUGGAUGAGAUUGGACUGCCCAAGAUUUUUUACCCAGAAACCACAGACAUCUAUGACCGGAAGAACAUGCCGAGAUGUAUCUACUGUAUCCAUGCACUCAGUUUGUACCUGUUCAAGCUCGGCCUGGCCCCUCAGAUUCAAGACCUGUAUGGAAAGGUUGACUUCACAGAAGAAGAGAUCAACAACAUGAAGACUGAACUGGAGAAGUACGGGAUCCAGAUGCCCGCCUUCAGCAAGAUUGGGGGCAUCCUGGCUAAUGAGCUGUCCGUGGACGAAGCCGCGCUGCAUGCUGCUGUCAUCGCUAUUAACGAAGCUAUUGACCGGAGAAUCCCAGCUGACACAUUUGCAGCUUUGAAGAACCCCAAUGCCAUGCUUGUAAAUCUUGAAGAGUCCCUGGCAUCCACCUACCAGGAUGUACUCUACCAGGCCAAGCAAGACAAAAUGACAAACGCUAAAAACAGGACUGAAAAUUCUGACAGAGAAAGGGAUGUUUAUGAGGAGCUGCUCACUCAAGCUGAAAUUCAAGGCAACAUAAACAAAGUCAACACAUUCUCUGCAUUAGCGAGUAUCGACCUGGCUUUGGAGCAGGGAACAGCGCCUGCCUUGUUCAAGGCUCUGCAGUCACCAGCUCUGGGCCUGCGUGGGCUGCAGCAGCAGAACAGUGACUGGUACUUGAAGCAGCUCCUGAGCGACAGGCAGCAGAAGCGAGAGCGUGGUCAGGCUGACCCCCUGCAGAAGGAGGAGGUGCAGUCCAGUGUGGACGCUGCCAACAGUGCUGCCCAGCAGUAUCAGAGAAGGUUGGCCGCAGUGGCAGCCAUCAAUGCUGCCAUCCAGAAGGGUGUUGCUGAGAAGACUGUGCUGGAGCUGAUGAAUCCCGAAGCCCAGCUGCCACAGGUGUAUCCAUUUGCGGCUGAUCUGUAUCAGAAGGAGCUGGCCACCCUGCAGCAGCAGAGUCCUGAACACAGCCUCACCCAUCCGGAGCUCUCUGUUGCUGUGGAGAUGCUGUCAUCAGUGGCCCUUAUAAACAGGGCCUUGGAGUCGGGAGACAUGAGCACCGUAUGGAAGCAGUUGAGCAGCUCAGUUACAGGCCUCACCAAUGUCGAGGAAGAAAACUGUCAGAGGUAUCUCGAUGAGCUGAUGAAACUAAAAGCACAAGCACAUGCUGAGAACAACGAGUUUAUUACGUGGAAUGACAUCCAAGCUUGCGUGGACCAUGUGAACCUCGUGGUGCAAGAGGAACAUGAGCGGAUUUUGGCCAUUGGUUUAAUCAACGAGGCCCUGGAUGAGGGUGACGCCCAAAAGACCCUGCGGGCCCUGCAGAUCCCUGCCGCUAAGCUCGAGGGGGUCCUUGCCCAAGUGGCUCAGCAUUACCAGGACACGCUGAUCAGAGCAAAGAGAGAGAAAGCCCAGGAAACCCAGGAUGAGUCAGCUGUGUUAUGGUUGGAUGAAAUUCAAGGUGGAAUCUGGCAGUCCAACAAAGACACGCAAGAAGCAGAGAAGUUUGCUUUAGGAAUCUUUGCCAUUAAUGAGGCAGUAGAGAGUGGUGAUGUUGGCAGAACACUGAGUGCCCUUCGUUCCCCGGAUGUCGGCUUGUAUGGAGUCAUCCCUGAGUGUGGUGAAACUUACCAGAGUGACCUUGCUGAAGCCAAGAAGAAAAAACUGGCAGCAGGAGAUAACAACAGCAAGUGGGUGAAGCACUGGGUGAAGGGUGGAUAUUACUAUUACCACAAUCUGGAGACCCAGGAAGGAGGAUGGGAUGAACCUCCAGACUUCGUGCAGAAUUCUCAGGAGCUUUCUCGGGAGGAGAUCCAGAGUUCCAUCUCUGGGGUGACUGCUGCGUAUAACCGAGAACAGCUUUGGCUGGCCAACGAAGGCUUGAUCACCAAGCUGCAGGCUUGCUGCCGAGGGUACUUGGUUCGACAGGAAUUCCGAUCCAGGAUGAACUUCCUGAAGAAGCAAGUCCCUGCCAUCACCUGCAUUCAGUCACAGUGGAGGGGGUACAAGCAGAAGAAGGCAUAUCAAGACCGCUUGGCUUACCUGCGCUCCCACAAGGACGAGGUUGUGAAGAUCCAGUCCCUGGCAAGGAUGCACCAAGCUAGAAAGCGCUACAGAGAUCGCCUGCAGUAUUUCCGAGACCAUAUCAAUGACAUUAUCAAAAUCCAGGCUUUUAUUCGGGCGAACAAAGCUCGCGAUGACUACAAGACUCUGAUCAGUGCUGAUGAUCCUCCUAUGAUUGUGGUCCGAAAGUUUGUCCACCUCCUGGACCAGAGUGACCAGGACUUUCAGGAGGAACUUGAUCUCAUGAAGAUGCGGGAAGAAGUCAUCACCCUCAUUCGUUCCAACCAGCAGCUGGAGAAUGACCUCAACCUCAUGGACAUCAAAAUUGGACUGCUUGUGAAAAAUAAAAUCACACUGCAGGAUGUGGUUUCCCACAGUAAGAAGCUUACCAAAAAGAACAAGGAGCAGCUGUCUGACAUGAUGAUGAUAAACAAGCAGAAGGGGGGCCUCAAGGCCCUGAGCAAGGAGAAGCGGGAGAAGCUGGAGGCCUACCAGCACCUGUUCUACCUGCUGCAGACCAAUCCCACCUACCUGGCCAAGCUGAUUUUUCAGAUGCCCCAGAACAAAUCCACCAAGUUCAUGGACUCUGUGAUCUUCACACUGUACAACUAUGCGUCCAACCAGCGAGAGGAGUACUUGCUCCUGCGGCUCUUUAAGACAGCACUCCAGGAGGAGAUCAAGUCAAAGGUGGAUCAGAUUCAAGAGAUCGUGACAGGAAACCCUACAGUCAUUAAGAUGGUUGUAAGUUUCAACCGUGGAGCACGGGGUCAGAAUGCCCUGAGACAGAUGCUGGCCCCUGUGGUGAAGGAGAUCAUGGAUGACAAGUCACUCAACAUCAAGACUGACCCUGUGGAUAUUUACAAGUCAUGGGUUAACCAGAUGGAGUCUCAGACGGGGGAGGCCAGCAAACUGCCCUACGAUGUGACCCCUGAGCAGGCUCUGGCUCAUGAAGAAGUGAAGACGCGGCUGGACAACUCCAUCAGGAACAUGCGGACUGUGACAGACAAGUUCCUGUCAGCCAUUGUCAGCUCUGUGGAUAAAAUCCCUUACGGGAUGCGCUUCAUUGCCAAGGUGCUGAAGGACUCCCUGCACGAGAAGUUCCCCGAUGCUGGUGAGGACGAGCUGCUGAAGAUCAUCGGUAACUUGCUGUAUUACCGGUACAUGAACCCAGCCAUUGUUGCUCCAGACGCCUUCGACAUCAUCGAUCUGUCAGCAGGCGGCCAGCUCACAACAGACCAGCGGCGCAACCUGGGCUCCAUUGCGAAGAUGCUGCAGCAUGCAGCCUCCAAUAAGAUGUUCCUGGGCGAUAACGCCCACCUGGGCGUCAUCAACGAGUACCUCUCCCAGUCCUACCAGAAAUUCAGACGGUUUUUCCAAACUGCAUGUGAUGUGCCAGAGCUCCAGGAUAAAUUCAACGUGGAUGAGUAUUCUGAUCUGGUGACCCUCACCAAGCCAGUGAUCUACAUUUCCAUUGGUGAAAUCAUCAACACCCACACUCUCCUGUUGGACCACCAGGACGCCAUUGCUCCAGAGCACAAUGAUCCAAUCCAUGAGCUGCUGGACGACCUUGGCGAGGUGCCCACCAUCGAGUCGUUGAUAGGGGAAAGCAGUGGCAACUUCAAUGACCCAAGUAAAGAGGCGCUGGCCAAGACAGAGGUCUCUCUCACACUCACCAACAAGUUUGAUGUGCCUGGAGAUGAAAACGCAGAGAUGGAUGCCCGGACCAUCUUACUGAACACAAAGCGUUUAAUCGUGGAUGUCAUCCGGUUCCAGCCAGGAGAGACCCUGACUGAAAUCCUAGAAACACCAGCCUCCAGUGAACAGGAAGCAGAACAUCAGAGGGCCAUGCAGAGACGUGCUAUCCGUGAUGCCAAAACUCCUGAUAAGAUGAAAAAGUCAAAAUCUCUGAAGGAAGACAGCAACCUCAGCCUUCAAGAGAAGAAGGAGAAGAUCCAGACAGGCUUGAAGAAGCUAGCAGAGCUCGGAACUGUGGACCCAAAGAACAAAUACCAGGAGCUGAUUAACGACAUUGCCAGGGAUAUCCGCAAUCAGCGGCGGUACCGACAGAGGAGGAAAGCAGAGCUGGUGAAGCUGCAGCAGACGUAUGCAGCUCUCAACUCCAAAGCCACCUUUUACGGAGAGCAGGUGGAUUACUACAAAAGCUACAUCAAAACCUGCUUGGAUAACCUUGCCAGCAAGGGCAAGGUCUCCAAAAAGCCUAGGGAAAUGAAAGGAAAGAAGAGCAAAAAGAUUUCACUGAAGUACACAGCAGCAAGGCUGCAUGAGAAAGGCGUUCUCCUGGAGAUCGAGGACCUGCAGGUGAACCAGUUUAAAAAUGUUAUCUUUGAAAUCAGUCCAACAGAGGAAGUUGGAGACUUUGAAGUGAAAGCCAAAUUCAUGGGCGUACAGAUGGAGACUUUCAUGUUACAUUAUCAGGACUUGUUGCAGCUACAGUAUGAAGGAGUUGCAGUCAUGAAAUUAUUUGACAGAGCUAAAGUAAAUGUCAACCUCCUGAUCUUCCUCCUCAACAAAAAGUUCUACGGGAAGUAAUCGGUCACGUGCUGGCAGCCCAGAGGACGAGGGAAAGAAAUCCCACAGCCACCUUCCGGGACCCUUUCUGACCUGGCCCACAAGGUGCCUUGGUCCCAUUCGCUCCCAACGUCCUUUCGCUCUGACGGGACCCUUGUGGCCCUUUCUAUGGUAGUGAAAUUCACCCUUCCUCUCCCCUGUGGUUCCUUUGUUUUCUUUUAACUCUUGGGGGAGCAGAAACCCCACCAAGAUCCCCUUUUCUUACAGCCUGUGCUGUGAGCUUCGGUGUCUGUUUUAGCAAUAAAUUCCCAUUAGUGAGACGUGAAAGCUGUUAGCACAAUAACAUACACCCACGAUGUCCAGUUAAAGUGUCAGCUUGCAAAAUCCUUGCUAUUUCUCUCCUAGCAGUAAAACCAGAGGAUGUAGGGAGUCUUAGUUCUCUUUCAUCUGUUUUCCUCUGUGGGCAGGAGGUCAGUCAAGUCACUGUUCUUUGUUCAAAUGAAGACGUUUUAGAGAAGGAGAUACUGCUUUUAACCUUUACCAUCAUAUCUGGGCUGUUUUUAUAGAGAGUGACAGCCCACUGAUAGCUCUCAGCUGGCAGGUGAAUUUAGAGCACCGUUGUCACAGCUCAGAGAUGGACUCCAUCCCCACUGCAGAGGAAGGGCGAGCCCUAACGUAGAAUGUCUGUCUUAAGAGUGCCUUAUUAAAGCACAGAUUUAUUUCUUAGCUUGUGAGUGAUAGGUGCUUUAAAGAUUUAUGUAAUGCUUUAAAAGCCUUUACAGUACUCUGAGAAAAGGAUUUUUUAAACAUUGAUUUAUCUGUAUAUCUGAACUCUUAAAACUUUGGUGUAUCUGAAACACUAGGAUUUGUCUGCAGGAUUGCAGAAAGAGAAUCCUGCCCUCAAUAGGUAAAAUGAUGACCAGGCAACCAUGUCGCACUUGAGAUUAAAAAUUCUAAUUCUCACUCCUUUCUCUGUUGCCCACGUUUGUGUCUGUUUGCCAGUCCCCAGUUUUAAAGGCUGAAUCAGAAACAGUUCCAAACAUUGAAUUUAGAAGCUUUGUUCUUGGAUAAAGUCACACCUUUUUACAAACGUGUUUAUCCAGGAGAUCAGACCGGUCAUGCUGCUGAGCCUCGGUUUCCUCUGGCACUUUGGUUCAGUGGUUUGUUUUUGUUUUUAUUUUUAUCAUAAAACUUAACUAACAUCGAAAUUUUACUGGUAUAUAUUUAAGGCCAAUAAACUGUUUAAUUAAUAACCAAUUAUGUGGUGUGUCCCUCUUACAAAUGAAAGUCUUGGACAAGUGUUUUUUUUCUACAAUGGACUGUCUCCUGAGCCAGGUCCACGGGUGCAGGCCAUAGGGAGUGCCAGAGAAGGACAAUUAUUUCAGUAAACAUUUCCCUCAGAUUAAAAAAAAGAUGCUAACCAGGCAUGGUGGUACACACCUAUAAUCCCAGUACUCAGGAGGUGAAGGCCGGAGGAUCACAAGGACAAGGCUAGCCUGAGUUCCAUAGCCACAUUCUGUCUUAAACAAAGAUGCAUUGCCACAAAAACUGGGACUGACGCAAGUGUGUCAAGCGUGUUUCCUUAGAAGAAGACACCCGUCCCAAACACCUUCCCUCAGGCCAGAUCCAAGACAGACGACCAGGAAGAAGCUUCAGUUCUCUGAGCACACGUUCAAUGCAAGGCAGCACGGUGCUGUGGGCUGUGUAGAACUCAGUGCCACAGCACGGAGGCCCCAGCAACCGCAAGUGCAGUAGCGCUUUCCUUGCACUGUAGCCUCUGUCUGUCUCUCCUCCUCUGACCUUCUCUUUGAGCAGCCAUCGUGACAUUUACUGGGAAUUUACUUCCUCCCAUCAGAUUGUGACUACACACAAUUGCCUUUGUAUCUCCUUAUGAAAUAAAAGGUCAUUUGUUCCUGUUUGUGUUUAUUUUUCUCAGUUUCAUUGUUAACCGUGCCUGCUA